CCCCUCGACGGGAAGUGGGAGCUGGGAGUCGCGCCGGGCGGCCGGAGCUAUGGCUUUCCAGGGAGCCCCUGUGCGGUGCCGGCUGCUCCUCGCCGUGUGCUGGGUGGUGGCCGCGGGCACGGCGGCAGGAGCAAAAGUUCUUCCACCUCCAUCCAACCUGGACUACUCAUUUAUCCAAAUCUGCACUCUGAACUGGACAUGGAACCCACCCCCGAACGUCAGCAGUAGCUGCAACCUGGAGUAUUCCAGUGACAUUGUCAUUAACGAGGUUCCUCAGGACAACAGAGAGUGGAGUAAGAGUCUCUUCCGUGUGACAGACGCGUUCUUGGAUGAGGAAAUGCGUUUCAAAGUGAGAAGUGAGUGCAAGCAUGAUAACACCAGUGAGCCCAGUCCGUGGGUGGAGACCUCCCUUCUGCCAAAAGGUAUUCCAGGUACUGCUGCUGUUGACUUGAGCUGUGUUUGGCACAAUUUGGAGUACAUGGUUUGUACGUGGCGUCCUGGGGAGAAUGUAAGCAGUGAUACCAACUAUACCUUGUUCUACUGGUUUGAUGGUUUGAAAAACCCAAAGAAGUGCAGCAACUAUUCUACAGACCAAGGAAUCUUUAGAUGCGUUUUCAAUUUUACCUUCCCAAAAGUCACCAAUACUUACCCGACUAUAAGUAUUUUGAUUAGAGAUGACUCUGAAGAAAUUAGGCCUGUGUGUGCAAGUAAAAAUCCUACCACCCUUGUAAAACCUGCUACACCAAGUCAAGUGACAUUGUCAAAGAUUAAUGAUAAAAUAGAUGUAAAAUGGAGUGAAUCAGAAACCUUUCCAAAAGGCUGUUUGCUUUAUGAAGUUAAAUAUCACAAUGGUGAUUUGGACACCGGUCGGAUAAUUCCAUCUGAAGAGAAUUCUGUGUCAAUUGCUGGCAUUGAUCCCAACAGCAAGUACAUCUUCAAAGUGAAAGCAAAGCCAAAGCCCGACUGUUACAGCAGCGAGUUCUAUAGUGACUGGAGUGAAGAAAAGAGCAUUGGUGAGAAGAGGGACUUUACAUUCUCUUUGGUUCUAAUAAUCACUAUUCCAUUAUUAGUAGCAGUAUCUACAAUAAUUCUACUGGUUUAUCUGAAAAGGCUGAAGAUACUAAUUUUUCCACCAAUUCCAGACCCUAGAGAAAUUCUUAAGCGCAUGUUUGGAGAGCAGAAUGAGGAUUCCCAGAGCUAUGCAAAGGAUGAGUCCGUGAAUGCUUACGACAAGUUAAUUAUGGAAGAAGAAAUUCAUUCUUUAAUUUUAACAGAAACUUCGGAGACUCCUAAUUCUGAAAAAGAAAACAGAUGAACUGUGCUUUCAGUGAAAGAGGAGGAAACUCAUUCCUGCUCAUACCUCAGGUGACAGUGUAGAUGUGAAGAGGCCCAUGAGACAUUCAGCUCUCACCUCACUGAGUCCUCCUCUGAUGCACAGGAGAUCCAUCACUAACUGUGGCUGUUCUUCCAUCUCUCUGAUCAUCCAAGAUCACUCCAGAGGAGCAUGUACAUAAAUCCUGUCACUGCAUUGCAUCAUUUCCCAGCUCUGCCCUGUUACUUGUCACUUGCACUUGAGUUUGUGCCUCACAGGAGACUGUCAGUGCGUUUUUUUGGAGCAAGCACUGUGACUUCUCUGAAAUAUUUGUCUCUGUUUUGCAGUAGGUGAGAUAAGGUUCAUGUACAGUACAUGGCUCAUUAGUGCUCUUGCAUGGAGCUGCUGCCAGGUGUGGUCCCAGAGCACAGACUGUUUGUGGAUGACCCCGUGUCCGUGUGUGCCCUGGGCACUUUCCGGAGGGCACUUAAGGACUGACCUUCUUGUGUUUCUGGUUGAUGUGCAUCAGCUGUGGCCUGCUCAGAUAUCUUAAAAGAGGGUGGUUUUUUUCUUUGAAAAUGUGUAUGAAAAGCCUCUCUGCUUUCCAGCUGGUAUUCAGAAUAUUCAUAGAAAAGGCUUAGUAUUGUAUCCUUUCAGUGACCUGUCCUCAGAUGCCUUGCCUUCAUGGACUUCUUGGGUUAAUUAUACUUUGUUUCAAAUUAUAUAGAUUUUUUUACCUGUGCUGUGCAGAGGCAGAUAACUGUAUUGAGUCUAACCAGACUGUGAUUCUACUUUGGCCAUAUUGGCCUGAAAACAAAAUUUUUGGAAGCAAAGUCAUCCUGAGUCUGUCCAGCAGAAUUACCAGGAUGGAUGCUUGAGUCAAAGGAGCUGUGGUCAAAUUGAUAGCAAGUGUUAACCCACCGAAACUGAAAUAAUUCAAAGGCUUCAAGACCCAUCCUUACUGCCAAGCUGAUGCUUUUGGGAGAAGGGGGGAUAACAACCUUGGCCUGUUUUCUAAGGGAUAAGUUUUAUUAUUUCUAUAGUGAUGAGACUGUGAUUUGAGCUUCCCUUCUAGGAGCUUAGCAAUAUAAAACAAGGUGCUGACUGGACUUCUAAAAAAAAAAAUUCUUCUAUGUUUUACUGCAGCAGGUUGAUUUUUUUUUUUUUUUUUAGUCAUUAAUUGUUUUGCUCAUUUUUUGAUGGUUUUGUUUUGAGGGUGCUUUACCCAGCAAAGCUCAACAGAUUUUUUUGGCACAACUGUGGUGUUUGGUGUUUCUCUGCUCUGAAUUCCAAGCAUUGGUUUCCAUCCUGUGCUGCAAGGGUGGUAACAGCAGUACCUUAAUUGUGCAGGAGGAAGAAAGUAAUGUAAUGAGCAGAAAGGGAUCCGUGGAAGCCCUUUAUAGUUAGUGUUCAGGAAUUUCUUGCUCCUCCCAGCUAAGUGCAGACAUGUUAAUCACUGAUAUGGUCAGUCUUAGCAGACUGGGAAGAGAUCUCCUGAUAAGUUUGCUAGGAACAAACUCUAUAGCCACUAACCUUUUAUAGUUCAUCCCUGUCCUCAAACUCCAGUCAAAAAUCUGAAACAAAAUGCUACAUUCUUAGAACAUAAUGUUCUGUGAGAAAUAGAACAAAUGUGCAUCCUUUACCCACUUGUGUAUGCCCUCCUCAAUAAAUUCAAUUCUUUCCCCAGUCCCUACUGAGCCUCUCAAAUAUACAGUUUCUUCCACAUUCUUACCUACCUUCUGUUAGUGGUAGAAAGGGGAGGAGAAAUGUAACAGAACUAGCAGACUCCAUAUUAGCAUUUAGCUUUUACUUACAGCAAGGCUAAAAAAAACCCCCAACAUUAUAAAAAUUGAUAAAUGAGACAAAGUGAGAAUAAAGCCUCAGGGAUUUGAGUGAGAUAAAACUCAGGUUAUAAAAAGUCAGUUAGCAGCACUGUGGGAAAUUUCAGAGGUAAAGGAAUAGCGUGGGGGAGAGAGUAAUUAAAUUCCUGUGCCAUCUUCAUUCCCUCUGCCCUGCAACAUUUAUAUCAUUAUAGUGAUACAAAUAUUUUUUCAAUCUACCUCAUCUAGAAUGUUGCUCAUCACAGACCACUAGACAAGCAGAAAUGUAUGAUUUCAAUAUAAGUAAGCAUAACAGUGUAAUGUAAAGUUUUGUGGCUUUCAGUAUAGCCCUCUAGGAAAAUCAGUGCUUUACCCUAAAUCCUUUUGACUUUUGUGCUGGUGUUUAUGGUAAAACCAAAGUUUAUUGUUUCUUAAAAAAUCCAAACUAACAGAAUGACCCCAAACAAAUUCAUUAAGCCAGAGAAGUAGAAAAAAACCCAGAUGUAAGCUGUAAGGCCAAAAGGAAGACUUAAAUACAAAGGAUGGUUUGGAUUGCUGUAUAGAAAAGUUUUGGAUAACUCUCCUGAAUAACAGCAGUUGACAUACUUCCUAAUGGAUUAAUUUCUUGAGCCUGUGUUUGUGCAUGUAAAGCAAUUGUCUGAGUGUACUUUCAUCUUUAAUGUGUAUUUUUUAAGGUUAGAGGGGUUUUAGCUUGAAUUUUUCCGCAUUUUGCUAUCAUUUGUUUGUUCUUCAUUGCAGUUACUUGAUCUGUAAAUUUAUUCAAAGAAUUUAUAUUGAAAAACAUUCAAUAAUAUUUAUUAUGUUGUGGCAUUUUGUUCUUGAGUUGAGUAGAUAAACUAAUAUAAGAAAGAUGGUGUUUUGAUGGGAAACCAUGUUCAAGGGUUGCAGAACCCAAACAAGAAAAACUUGUGUGUUGCUUUGGCCUCUUCCCUCUCAAAAGUGAACUUGAGCCACACAGGCAGAGGGGAAUACUAUAGCCAUAUGUUUUUGCUGGGAUAAUGGAGCAGAGAUGGAGCUGUGAGACUUGUGCUCUCACUCUCAGGGUACUCAAGGCCACACUAUUUUCUGACAUUGCCAUGUUGAGACUUAAUAAAUGAUCAAACUGGAAUUUGACUGAGAGUGCUGCAGCCUUCCCAAAUAUAGCUCCAUAGUCCUUGCUAACUGCUGAAGUCAUUGAAAAUGCCAGGUUGCUAAACUACUGAAAGCCAUUAUUACCUAGUUGCUGGGACCCAAAUGUGUUUAUUUGGCGCUUGAACACAUUAGUGAUGGCUUCCUGAAAAGAUUCAGAGAAAGAAUACUUUGUUCCCUUCAGUUCAGCAGAUCAUUCAAAAUUAAGACAUAACCAUGACAUGACCAUCCAAGACACUCUUUGGAUUCCUCUCUCCCAGUCCUCCUGUUUUGGUGGUAAUGGUGACCAACAACAAAUCUCUUGCUGGUUUUUCCCUCACCCAAGCAAGAGCAAGAGGUAGGUGAAAGCCCAGGUAUGGCCAGGACAUUACAGGAACCUCUCUCCCUUGUCACUCUACUGCCAUGGUCAGGCAGCAGCUGAGAUCUGCAGGUCCAGGAAUGGGCACAGUGGGGCUGGGAGGAGCAGAUCUGUGGGUUAUUUAAGAUUCAUCAAGAUGAUUCUCAAAUACUUAGGUUUUAUUCAAUAUUUGCAAAAAAGUUUUCAGGGGAGCAAGCCCCACGGGUUGCACUGUCAGCUGUAGAAAUGCAGCCUUGAAAUAAUACUGAAAAUCCAAAUACAAAACCAGAUUAAAAUCUCUCUAUUUGGAUGAGCUUCCUGCAAGCUGUCUUGAAUCAUGGUGAUAGCAGGAGACUUGAGAUAGUUGAUGUAACUAAAUCCAUGCUCUCACCACAGCAAAGCAAUGUGGGUUUGGGUGGGUGGCACGGGAGAGACAAACUUUCUCUCAGGCCCGGAAACUCUGCCUCAGUUUUGUAACAUCUGAGAGCCUGAAAGCUUGGUGAUGACUCUUGGGGGUUUUUUGUGCAGCUGUUUUUUUCCCCCUCUCUUUUUUUCCAGUUAUAUUGGUUAGGUUAAUUAAAUCCUUUCUCUUUGCUUUUAAAGCUUGUAGAAGCGUCCUUUUGACAGCUGUUCUUUAAUUAUUGCCAAGUAGUGUUCUGAAGGUAAUAAUUCAGUGGGGAAAACUGUAAACUAGGCAGUGUAUUCUAGUAAUAGUCUCUGUUCCUUGUUUUGCUCUUGCCAAAGUACUGCAAGUAUUUUGAUGACUCUUGCACAAAGCAUCUACAAAGAGAGACUUUCCAGUUAACCAGUGCUUCCAGUAAUCAUACUCUUUGCUUAAUACAUCAGUUUUCCUCUAUUUAAUUUAGCUCAAACUGCUAAAAUGGACUUGGCUAAGUGCGUGAUGAAAUUAAAAGCUUACUGAGAAAGAGGUUUUGUUAAGCUCAGGCACUGCCGUUUUUUGGAACUUGGGCAAAAUUUACAAAUUUAGAUCAAGUGUUAGGGGCAGGAGUUAAGCUAAUGCUCUAAACUUAGAGCUGCCCCUUCAUCUUCUGUGCUGAAAAAAAAAAAAAAAA